AAAGCACACAGAAAGUAGCUAUACCGUUGUAAUAAAAAAUAGUGGGGCUCAGGGCUUUUUUAGUGGUCAUAUGGGCUAUGUCCUGCUCAUGUGAAGUCAGGAAUGGUCUGGAGUUGACAGAGCUUUCUAGAAGGGACAGCACAGGUGCUAUAUCUGGCACCAGUAGCCCCCAGCAGGCCGCUCAGAUGACGAACCACAGGAGCAGCAGCAGAAGAAACAGUGAACAGCGCGUGAGUGAGACUCAUUUACAAAUGACGGAAACUGAGAGAGCUGGUCCGGAGACCAAGGGUAAACCCAUGGCCUUCCGAUCUCAAAAAGAGAUGUUUGAGAAGAUGGAGGAAUCUUUUAAAAUCUGUGCAUGUUGUGAGAAGCGGCCAAAUCAACUCUCAAACCCACAGAGCCUGAAGCGUUGUGCCAGAUGUCUAAACGUUUACUACUGCCGUAAAGAUUGUCAGAAAGACGACUGGCCCAAACACAAGAAGUUCUGCUCACAGCUGCGUCUAGUUGCCAUUGACAGAGUUGUGGAAUGGCUUUUGUUCAAAGAAGACCUCCCAUUCCCUACAGAAAAAUGGUCAAAGCCCCAGUCAGAGGUUAAAGGAUGGGAUGACUGGCUUGCGAUGCAGGGAGAUCUCACAGCUCGCCUCGAUCCCAUCUUAAAUGGAGCAAACAUGAAAGACUUGUGGGCAAACGCUGGCAGGACACAGCCUGACGAUGAGGACCUGAAGCAGUCACUGUGGAGGGUUUGUAGUGAGUUCUUCUCCAGGCCGCUGACCGUAGCCUGGGGGAUGAGGCUGUUUGGCCUUAACCCUUAUUCCAAACCUCUCACCAUUCACCUGGUAGGAGCAGGCCAUAGUGAGACUCUGGCAGCCAGACUCACUGACUAUGAUGAGCUGAACAACAUGUUCCCUGGACACCAGGGUAUCGAGAUAGUGAUGGUGGGACCAGAGGUGGUGAACGGCCCCAUCGUGAGGCCUCCUCUCAGGGCCUUUGGCCCCAAGCAGAGGGUCUACAUCAGCGCCUACAAGGGCCUCUACCACCAGUUCUGGGAAGAUGUAGUGGAGAAAGAGGAAGCAGCCAAGCCAGACCUGGUGGUUGGCUUUAAUCCUGGAUUUGAUGCUAGUCAGGGCCUAGACCAGGGCUGGCUUCCAACACUUCUGCUCCUCAGGGAUUAUGAGAUUCCUUCCAUUUUCACUGCUCUCAGUGAGACAGAGAUGACCUACUCCCUGCAGAUCCUGUUGGAGUUGGAGAUGGACAUGAAGGGAAGUGGAGCCAACCCCUUUGCGUCGCUGAAACCAGAAGUGGUGGGCUCGUGUCUCAACAAGCAUCCUGUCUACUGCAACUCCCACUACUUCUGUUUCCAGGGUCUACUGGAGACUGUGGAGUUUGAGGAACCAGAGGAGACCUGAGGGAGCUGAGUGCUGCAGUGCACACACACUGCAAACUGUUGCCUUUCACAACAGGAACUUUUUGGACUAUGAAGCAUUGUUUUUAUGUGCCUGCUUUUUCUUAUUAUGGAAAAAAUUCACAUGUAUUAUUAAUAUGUUAGUACCAUUUUACUUUGGUAGCAGCUAUGAGUGUUUGAGUGUGACAUUUGCAUUCACUAUCUCACUUUCAUGGUUGGAGUUGUGAGAUUUGAAUAUACUGGCUGAACUAUUGUUAUGUUUGCAUAGAGGCAAUAAAACUUUGUAGAAAUAGUCAAA